UCUUCUUCUCCUUCCUCUUCCGCAUCGCCUCUUCCUCCCCCCCCUCCCUCCCCCCUCUCGCGCGGAAGAACGGAACGGAACGGAACACCAGCCGCUGCUCCGGCAAGCGCUCGCCGCCGGCGAGGCAAAGAUGGAGAACACUCAAUUUAGCCGUCCAAAGGCGGUACCCUAUAAUGACUCCUGGGAGAUACCCAAUUCUGACUAUAUUCUCUUGUAUCUCAAUGACAAACAAACUGGGAAGAUCACUUGCAUGGUAUGUGGGAAAGAAGGACACUACACUUGUGAGUGCCCCAUGAAGAAUAAAGAAAAAUAUGUCAUAUGUACUCUUUGUGGCAAGGUUGGCCACUGUCACUUAUGGUGCUGCCAUCAGAAUGAGAGUGAGAGGCGUGCUUGCCGUCGUUGUGGAGAAAAAGGACACUAUGAUAAUUGGCAUCACCUAGGUUGCUCCAGCUGUGAGAAGCAUCAUCCACUCGGGAGAUGUCCUAUGGGAAAAAUUACAUGUUUUCUUUGUGAAGGCAAUGGACAUGUCCCUGUUCAAUGUCAUUUGAGUCCAAUGCUCACUGCAAUAACUCAGAAUCAACGAGAGAGUUUCCGAGCUACUCUGAGACAAGCAUUGAGAGAAACAAGCAACACAGCAGUCACACCAAUUACAUUGACCAGAGAAUUAGAGCCAUAUAAUGAUAAGAAUGGAGGCCAACCUAAAGGGGACAAUGAAAUGGUGCCCAGGGUCUUAGGCUUCAAUCAAGGAGAGGAAGGCCAUUCUGCUUUGAGGAACCCUAACAGAUGCCAUGUACCAUCCUCUGACAAGGCUAACGUUGCUGCAGAUAAGGCACCAAACCAAUCUUUAGGAGUAACCUGCUUCAACUGUGGGGGCAAAGGUCACUAUUCAAAUAAAUGUCCUCAAAAGCAAAAGCAACAUGGAGUCAGAUCAACCAAUGCUGCAGCUAUGAAAGAUAAGACACCGAACCUAACAGGAGUGACCUGCUUCGACUGUGGUGACAGAGGUCACUUUUCUUAUACAUGUCCUCAAAAUCUACUAGAAGUCAUGUUGACUGCAGAACUAGAGCCACAUGAUGAUACCUAUGAACGCCAACCUAAAGCGGAUAAUGGAACAGUACCAACUGUCCUAAGCCUGAAUUGUGGUGAGGCAAGCCAUUGUGGUAGGAAUAAUCCCAUGAAAAGUCUGGAAUCAUCCUCUGAUAAGAUCAAUUCUACAGCUAUGACAUAUAAGGCACCAAAACGAGUGUUAGGUGUAAUCUGCUUCAACUGUCAUGAGGAAGGUCAUUAUGCAAAUAGAUGUCCUCAAAAGCAACAGGGAAUCAACUCAGGUACUUCCCAAUCCCCAAUAAAGCGGCAGAGGAAGGAAUGACUGAUGUAAGUUGAUAUCGAGCAAACUUGUCUUAACAUAGAUGUUGAUAAAAAAGAACUAAUAAUAUAUUGUUCCGUGAAAUUGUAAUGGAUGAAAGAUUUAUCAGAUAUUCAAAGGAGGUUGUGGUUGUAGAGCCAUAACCAUCUUUGGUAUUGUAGAAUUUGAUAUUGAAUAAUAUCAAGUGAUCCGUGUGUUGCAAUGAAAUUGCUUGAACAAAAUUUCUCGGCCUAUCUCAGGUUUUGAUCGGUAAGCUUUCCAUAGUUACUGGAGGUUGUUUUGUAUGGUCGUGUGGUUUCUCUCAGGAUGGAAAUAUUCUUGAGCAAUCUGCCCAACAAAUCUGCAUCAUCAGAAAAAUUGUUUCUUCAUCCAGAUUUUAUGAGAUGUCCAUUCCUGAAAAAUAUCAAUGGUGCUACAAUUUUAUUUCUUCUGCAUUGCCAGUGUGCUUGUGGCCUUUGGUGACUACAUCGAUCAAGUUUCAAAGCACAUUUGUUCCUUGAUAAUAUAUGCCAUUAUAUUCGGUUGCAAGGAGGCAAGGGUCCAUUUUCUGAGGAUGGAGCGUUUGCAAAUUGGCAUUCAGGUUUUUCUAUGGGGAAGGGACGGAACCUCAUGAAGAUCAUAUAUGUGUGAUAAGAGCUGCAACAAGAUGACCAAUGUCAAGCCUGAACAUGGUUCACCAUUUAAUCUACUGGUUGGCUGAGCUUCUACAAGAUGUCUAUCAGCAUUCUAUAGAUUACAAAAGGAGUUAAUCCACUGAGCAAUGAGUGGCUGGAAGAUGGGCAGUGCCUGCUAGCGAACAGCUAGAAAAUGUACUGGCUCUUGGCACACCAACUGCAAGUGAGCCGUUGGUGCACCAACUGCAAGUAAAGCUAUCUCAUGUUUUGAUUGGAAGGUUUCCAGUAAGUUGCUGGAGGUUGUUUGGUAUGGUUUGUCUCAGUCCCAAGAAAGCAAGGGUCCAUUUUCGAGGAUGGAGCGUGUUGCUAAUUGGCAUUCAGGUUUUUCUAUGACAAGGGAUGGAGGUUCCAUCAUGAAAUAGUUUGCAUGUCAGGAUGGUCAUAUGUGUGAUAAGAACUGCAACGAGCACAUUAAUGUCAAGCAUUGUUUAAAUCAUAAAGGAGGUAAGCCAUUGUCGCAUGAGGCUCUGUGCAACGAGUUGCUGGAAGAUGGCAAUGCCUGCUUGCCUGAUAUUAGCGAACAACUAGAAAAUGCACUGGCCCUUGGCAGACCAACUGCAAGUGAACUAAAGAGUUGCAUUUCACCCUUUGAUUUAAUGUGAUUUGCAUACUUUGGUAAUAGGAAAUUUAUCUCAUAAAUCGUUUUGUUUAAGAUAAAAUGCGAUUUAGUGAAGUUAUGACUUGUGAGAGAGCCAUGUUGUAGGGCAUUUUGGAUUAUUUGCGAUGUGUUAAUUACCGUUCACUUUAUUAUGUUAUACAUGUAUUUUGAAAUAUUCACAUAACAUUUGUGUUGUCAUGUUUUAUACUACAUGCGCACUGAAAUAUUCACAGAACAUGGAUGCUAAUUUCUCGUAUGUAUCUCUAAUUCUUCCUGGUAUCGUGGAAACCAGCAAGCAUGUGUAGCUGAAGUUUGGUAUCAAGUGUUUGUGCUA